ACCGCAUUCUGUGUAACGCAGCGGUUCGCCGCCUGAAAAAGUGACAGAAGAGCAGCUAGUUGUUGACAUUUCUUUUUCCUUAAGCUUUUUUCACUUUGUGUUGCACCGACAGAAAUGGACGACCAGGGGUGUCCGAGAUGCAAAACAACCAAAUACAGGAAUCCGUCGCUGAAGCUGAUGGUGAACGUCUGCGGUCACACGCUAUGUGAAAACUGUGUGGACAUGCUGUUUGUGCGUGGCUCGGGUAACUGCGUGCAGUGCGACACACCUCUGAGGAAGAGCAACUUCCGUGUGCAGCUCUUCGAAGACCCGACCGUAGAUAAGGAGGUGGAGAUUCGUAAGAAGGUGCUGAAGAUAUACAACAAGAGAGAUGUUGACUUCUCCAGCCUAAGAGAAUAUAACGACUACCUGGAGCAAUUGGAAGACAUAGUGUAUAACCUGACAAACAACAUUGAUGUGGAGAACACCAAGCUGAGGAUGGAACAAUACCAGAGGGAGAACAGAGAUAUCAUCCAGAGGAAUAAGGCUAAACUUACGCGAGAGCAGGAGGAGCUAGAGGAGCUGCUGUUGCUGGAGCAGCAGGGCAAUGAGCAGCGGAGACUGGAUGUGCUGCAGGAGGAGCAGAGGCAGCUACAGGCCAAGAGGAAGAACAAACAGGCUCUCCUGGAUGAACUGGAGAAGUCCCAACUUCCUGCCACCAUCUUGCUUGCCCAACACAAGGUCCGUGCUGCCCAGCUGGAGACCCAGAUAGAGCAGCAGAAACAGGCAGUCAAACCUACAAAUCUGUUUUCGACUGGAAUCCAUAUGCGUCAGACGGUGUCUCUCCAGCCUGUGCCCAAGAUAGAGGAAGUUCUGUACCACUACAAGCCCCUUCAUGUUGAAAUCGAUGGACCCCCAGUGCCGGAGCUGGAGCAGCUGGGCAGACUUGGGUAUCUGAACCACGUGCGGGCUGCCAUGCCUCAGGACACAGCUGGAGGAUACACCUCAGCUUUGGCAUGUCAUCGAGCUAUUCAGGAUGCUUUCGGUGGGCUGUUUCCUCAGAAAGGCUGAACACAUCCACAGCUCAAACAGCACAACGGCCACUGGUUAGAAAUGUGAUAAAAGGACUAUUAAAAACCGCACAGCUGCAACCAUGGAGAGGGCAAAAGCUGCUGUGGUGGAGAGCGCUCUGACAGAUUUUUGGUCAGGUCUUUUUAUAUUUUGUGUUAUUUUUAUAUUUAAAUAAAUCACAAUGAACACAGAGAA